AUGUUUCUCCCAGCAACAUUUGCGCUCUGUACCCUCUUCGGCUUGGGAAUAGCUGUGCCAGAGCCUAGGUCUCUCGACCCCGUCCGUACGGUUUUUCAAUUCCCCCCGGAUACCUUUUUUGAAAACCUCGCUGUUCGAUCUAAUGGCGAAAUUCUCACGAGCUUACUUAACGAGCCACAACUAUUCGUGAUUGAUCCAGACCCAGAAACUGGAGCGCCCCAGGCGGUUUUGGUACACGAGUUCACCGAUUCGCUCGGUUUUGCCGGUAUCGCCGAAUAUGAGCCUGAUAUCUUUGCAGUCAUAUCUGGAAGGUUCAACAUUCCCACUGGAGAUGUCGGUCCUGGAUCAUGGAAUGUUUGGAGUGUCGAUAUGAAUGGUGUUUCAGUUCAGGGAAACGUGCUCUCUGGGUCGCCAAAUGUUAGUCUUAUUGCUAACGUCGCGUCCGCCAAUUUUCUCAACGGUAUAACAUUAUUGUCUCAGUCCGAGGGCACAUUCCUAUUGAGCGAUAUCAAUGCUGGCGUUGUCUAUCGCCUUGAUACACAGGGCAGCUACGAGGUCGUCAUCAACAGAACUCUGACCAAUUCUGUACCUACGCCGCCUGUCCCUCUGACCGGAGUGGAUGGGUUACAUGUCCAUCAUGAUGGAGAUUUAAAGACACUCUAUUUUGUCAAUGCUGGCCAAGGGUUUUUGGCCAGCGUUGCGAUCAAUGAUGAUGGGACACCGGCCGGAGACAUCGAAAUAGUAGCCCGACCGCUAGAGCCAGUCGAUACAUAUGACGAUUUUACUUUUGAUUGCGAUGGAAACAUUUUCCUUGUGACCGGAAGUGGAAAUGGCGUGGAGCGCAUCUCUAUUAAUGGAUAG